AACAAUUAAUUUAUUUUUGAAAGUGUAAUUUGUGAUAAUUGUGCAGAAAAAAUAAAAAUAUUUUUUUUUACCUUGAUAAUUUUGAGCGUAUCCUGAUUAAGAAUGUCAUCUACUCAAUGACACGUGAGGAAUGUGAGGAACGAGUCAAUCCUGAUCCAAAUGGGCAGGGUGGCCCAUUAUGGCCCAUCAGCACGUUCAACUAAAUAACAAUAAUAAUGUCAACGGAAAUGUCAAUAAUAAUAAUAAUAAUAACAAUAAUAUUAACAACGUCAAUGCUAAUGGGAACAUCAACGGUGUGAAUGUAAAUGUCAACAGUAAUAUCAACAAUAUAAACCAGCACGAGUUCCUUCCGCUGUGUGAUGUCCUCUUCAACAUAAUUUCGCUCGCUUCAUAUUUUUGUGAUGUUGUCUUUGACCUGGCGAUGGGGUACGCCCUCGCCAACCAUCCUACGGCUCCAGCUGUCUUGUUUCCGAUAAGCAUUGUUUUGGUUGUUACUUCUUUGAUUAUUUCUCAGGUUGUGAGUAUAAGAUGGUACCUGUGGGGAGCUCGAGGGAAGCUGAACCCGACCGAGAGCUUGCCAGAGAAAAACCGGGUCAGGAACUGGACACUUUGGUGCGUCGUUUUUCUCCAUACCAGCCAGGUCGGAGUACUAUGGCGGUACUUCAAAUUGUUUAUUCCAGUGGACUUGACUUAUGUCAAGCACGAGGUCCGUGAAUUAUGCGUCUUGCGUUUAAUCCACGCAUUCUGCGAAGCAGCACCAAUGCUGCUUUUGCAGCUGUACUUACUAUCAACCUCCUUAACCUCCAAAGACCGGGACCGUGAGGACACAAAGCUUUCCGAAUUAACAGCAGUAUCAGCAGGUCUAUCCUUAUGGAGCGUUUGCUGGGCAGUAGCAAGCUUCAGCAAGGGCGCAGCUCGCCUGAGGAACCUGGAGCGACUGGUCCUGACCUGGCUGGGAGUCCUGGCGCAACUGGCCUGGCGACUGGGGACCGUCAGUGCUAGAGUAGGAGCUCUAGUGGCCUACGCUUCGCUCUACGGAGGCUCCUGGCUGCUGGUAGUCCUGGGGCUUCACUGGCUCUCGAUGCUAACUUGGCUGCUGCUGACUCCUGAUGGACUCUUCCACGGAGGGGAGAGACUCACUCUAGCCAGAAAGACCUUCCUCGCCUCCUUGCUGGCGUUCGUUUAUGUCUUCGCUUAUGCUAACCUCCACGAGACUAAUCACCGCCAGAAAAUGAUCAUCUUCUACACGGUGAUGUUCCUGGAGAACUGCUUGCUAAUUAGUGUCUGGGCCGUCGGAGCUUCGGCUGAAAUCGGCCGACAAGUCCAGAUUGGUGCUGCCAAUCCGGACCAAGUGCAAAUCAGGCCUGUUACGCUGGUUCUAGUUCUGAUGGCGCUUUUUUUCGGAGGACUCUUCUUUAUGGGACUCUACUACAGGUUCUUUCACGUCAGGAGGCUUGGGUAUGAAGCCGGGGGUAGGAUGAAUGCUAAUGGCAUGCCUCAAGAUGUUGACAAGCAUCUUCAGUAUAAUAAUUAUGUCAAUGAAGUCCAGGUUGUGAGGAAGGUCAAGCUUAGAAAUAAUGGAAUCCCUGGGGUGUUUAAUUGCAGGUUUACAAAUCCAACUGUAGUCGCACUAAACAGAAAAAAGAAGAAACCAACGAGCUUCGUGCCCCCGCCGUCAAACAACCUGGGGGGGUUUUGUGACAACAAAAACUACAACCGGCAGCUGAUACCCUUCUGGAAGCGACCCUUGCACGAAGAAGAGGAGGAAAAAGAGCAGGCCAAGAUCCAAAUCGGGACUCUGAAUGUCCAUUUGAUCCGCGAAAAGCUCAGAGAGAAGAAGCAGCAGCAGCUCAGAGAGCUAAGAGCCAUCCAAGAGGAGAUCAAGGAGGGGAAAUUGGUCCCUCCUGGAGAGACCAGUGAGACUGCCAUCACUGGAAACCCUCCGCCUCAGAAGAAACUCCAGCCUACUGCGAAUACGCUGCAAUUCGCGGGCUUAGGUUCUGGAGCGCUAAGUCCUACAGGUUCUGGGUCUAAUGUUCCAGGGCUGGAAAAUGUUCCCAGUCAAUGGCCGCCGAUUAAAAUGCACUGUUUAGUACCUCCAGCACCGCCUAAUUACCACGUGAUAGGCAACGGCUGGAAGCGAGAGCGUCCGGAAACUCCCGAGAUUCUUCUCGCGCCAAGAUGUCUUCCGCAUCACUAUCCUUACUGGACUUCCAACCACAGAUUAAGAACUCAAAAUAACGAAGAAGACAGCGCAAAGGAGCCUAAUGACGAAGAACUAAGCGACUUAGAAGGUAGUCAGGUGUCUUUACCCCGUAGUUACACGUUACCACGUGAAUUCAAGUAUAAUUCUGGCAACCCGUCACGUGAGCGACGUAUUAAUGUUAAUAAAGUACAAUCUCCAAGAUUCUACUUGCCGUCUACAAACAGCUCCGAUGGCGACGUCGACAGCGCAGAUAACGAAGACGAAACUGACACGGAGCUGCGAGACGGUAUCGAAGGCGGAAAGCAGUACAUAUUUCCAGAUCGUCAGAUGUCUCAGAGCCAAAUCGAGGAUUGUCUGCCCUCAGAAGGUCUCAAUAGUCCGUCUGGAGCCAUCAGCUCAAUUGAUGACAACUUCGAUUGUUACUUAAACAAUUCCUACGGCUCGCGCGUUAAUCAGCUGUUAAAAGCUAAAGUUAAACACGAGACUAAAUUAUAAUUAUUUUUAUUUAAUUUAAUCGUACUAGAGAAUUUAAAGACUAAGUAUUUAAUAAUUAAAUUACCUGCUUAUUUUUUUUAAUUAUUCUUUUUAAUAAAAUAUUUUU